CCCGCUUACUAAAAACGGUUCAUCCGACGUGUCCAUUCUGAAGACCAAAAACUCCUCCAUGGUUCUCUGUUUCCCUAUCCACCAUAUUUCUUCACCACUCGUCUUUCCAUAGACAUCAGAGGAAAAAACACACUAAAAUAAAUAAAAUCUUAUUUUGUGUUUAACCCCAAGGGAUAAUCAAUGGCCAUGAGUGUUAGCAGUGCACGUUUCUCAGUUUUCAGUUACAAGAAAGUUAACAGAAGAACAAGGGCUGUUGCUUCUGAGGAUUUCGCUGUUACUCUCAAAACAGAAGACAAGGUGAAGUUAGGAGGGUCAGAGCUCAAAGUGACAAAGCUUGGAAUUGGAGCUUGGUCAUGGGGUGAUACCACUUAUUGGAACAACUUUGAAUGGAAUGAUAGGAAGAUCAAGGGUGCUAAGGCAGCUUUUGAUGCCAGUGUUGAUCGUGGUAUAACCUUUUUCGAUACAGCUGAAGUUUAUGGCUCUGCGCUGUCCUUGGGUGCCAUGAAUUCUGAAACUCUGCUGGGAAGAUUUAUAAAGGAAAGGAAAGAAAAGUAUCCAGAUGCGGAAGUUGCUGUUGCAACAAAGUUUGCAGCUUUGCCUUGGAGGUUUGGUCGUCAGAGUGUCCUUAAUGCGCUCAAGGAUUCCAUUUGUCGGCUUGGGGUUUCAUCAAUAGAACUUUAUCAACUCCAUUGGCCUGGUGUAUGGGGAAAUGAAGGUUAUAUUGAUGGUCUCGGUGAUGCUGUGGAGCAGGGCCUUGUGAAGGCUGUUGGUGUCUCAAAUUACAAUGAGAGACGACUUCGUGAUGCUUAUGAAAGGCUUAAGAAGAGAGGAAUUCCUCUAGCUUCAAACCAAGUGAAUUACAGUCUCAUAUACAGGGCACCCGAGCAGAAUGGAGUGAAGGCUGCAUGUGAUGAACUUGGGAUCACUUUGAUUGCAUAUUGUCCUAUUGCGCAGGGUGCCCUUACAGGAAAGUAUACGCCUGAAAAUCUACCAACUGGGCCUCGAUCCAGGAUUUACACUCCGGAGUUUUUAACUAAGCUCCAACCUCUCCUGAACAGAAUUAAGGAAAUAGGAGAGAACUAUGGCAAAACUCGAACACAGGUUGUGCUUAACUGGUUAAUAGCCCAGGAGAAUGUUGUGCCAAUCCCAGGAGCGAAAAAUGCUGAACAAGCUGAGGAAUUCUCAGGUGCCCUUGGGUGGAGACUAAGCAAUGAACAAGUUGAUGAGCUACGGUCACUGGCUUCAGAGAUGAGUCCUGUUGUUGGUUUCCCUGUUGAGAACCUGUGAAUUUUCGGCUCCAUUUAAGGGCAAGUUCAGGCCUGAUUGUCAACCAAUAGUAUCAAUAACAUAUGUCCUAUUAUUGGUUCCCCUGUCUCUUUGUCUGCUGAGACGUGGGCAUUCCAUGCCUACCACAUAUAUAUUUGUUUGUUUUGGUGCAUUGCCUUGCAGCCCUCCACUCCAUUUUUGUGGGAACAAACGUCAGAAAAAUGUAUUCAAACAUACUUAAGUAAGAACAAUCAUCAUUAUACGUUACUUGAAUUUGGG